UAGGCGUCGUUUCAAUUGUGAAGCGUCAGUCAUUGUGCAAAGUUUGCGCAGCGGUUAAUUCAGAGUAACUGAAAACAAAAAACUUCAUUCGUCUCUUAUAUUUCCUUAAAAGCAAGUUAAACUACAAUCCAUAUAGCAAAAAUGUGUGACGAAGAGGUUGCCGCUUUGGUUGUCGAUAACGGUUCCGGCAUGUGCAAAGCCGGCUUUGCCGGUGAUGACGCACCACGCGCCGUUUUCCCAUCUAUCGUCGGACGUCCCCGCCACCAGGGCGUUAUGGUUGGUAUGGGCCAGAAGGACUCGUAUGUGGGCGAUGAAGCACAGUCGAAGCGUGGCAUUCUCACCCUGAAAUAUCCCAUUGAACACGGUAUUGUGACCAACUGGGAUGACAUGGAAAAGAUCUGGCAUCACACCUUCUACAAUGAGUUGCGUGUGGCACCCGAGGAGCAUCCAGUGCUCCUAACUGAGGCACCCUUGAAUCCCAAGGCCAAUCGCGAGAAGAUGACGCAAAUCAUGUUCGAGACAUUCAAUACUCCGGCCAUGUAUGUGGCCAUCCAAGCUGUAUUGUCCCUAUACGCCUCUGGUCGUACCACUGGCAUCGUCUUGGAUUCUGGUGACGGUGUCACCCACACUGUGCCCAUCUAUGAGGGUUAUGCACUGCCACAUGCCAUUCUUCGUCUGGACUUGGCUGGUCGCGAUUUGACCGACUAUCUCAUGAAGAUCCUGACCGAGCGUGGCUAUUCCUUCACCACCACUGCCGAGCGUGAAAUUGUGCGCGACAUCAAGGAGAAGCUUUGUUAUGUUGCUCUGGACUUUGAGCAAGAGAUGGCAACAGCUGCCUCCAGCUCCUCGCUGGAGAAAUCCUAUGAGCUGCCUGACGGACAGGUCAUCACAAUUGGCAAUGAGCGUUUCCGUUGCCCCGAAUCUCUGUUCCAGCCGUCGUUCCUGGGCAUGGAGGCGUGUGGCAUUCAUGAGACCACCUACAACUCGAUCAUGAAGUGCGAUGUCGAUAUCCGUAAGGAUCUGUAUGCCAACACUGUGUUGUCCGGCGGUACCACCAUGUACCCUGGCAUCGCCGAUCGUAUGCAAAAGGAGAUUACAGCACUGGCCCCAUCCACCAUGAAGAUUAAGAUUGUGGCACCACCAGAGCGUAAAUAUUCCGUCUGGAUUGGUGGCUCCAUUCUGGCCUCGCUGUCCACAUUCCAACAGAUGUGGAUUUCCAAGCAGGAGUACGAUGAGUCUGGCCCAUCCAUUGUGCACCGCAAAUGCUUCUAAGUGACAAAAACAGAAACAGCAAAAACAACAACACCAAAAACAUGCACAACAACUGCGGCUGUCUCUGGGCGUGGUCCUGUCUGUGGCAGCGUCUCACGCAUACACUCCAAAAAAAGAUAUACAUAUAUAAAAUAUUUUCCUAUUCAUUUCGUACUUAGGAUAGAUAAAACAAAGAAAAGUGAAGAAGAAGAAGAUGCGGAGCUAAAGAUAUUUAACACAGGCAGGUCCAUUGUCCAGCAACAGCAGCAGAGACAGCAACAAAGCUAAACUACCAACAAUUUUUUUUAUAUAUCUAUAACAAUUUUAUACGAAGUCAUGUACCACAUAGAUACACACACCUACACACACACAGACACACAUCUACACCCACUCACACUCCUUUUACACAUAAGUAUUUAGCAUAUAUUUUUGUGUUGGAUCGAAAUUCACGAGUUCAUGCGCAUAUUGGUAUUAU